AUGAAUUGCUCUAUUCCCGUUGAAUUGAUUGGAAGUUUUGGCGAAGCCUACCCUGGUUAUAUCGUUGAUUACAAAGCUCCCGACAGUUUUGUGUUCCGAUUUGUCGAGGAAUUUCCUGGAUUCCCUGGCGAUAUCACUGUUCUACCUGCUUGUUUACGGAAACCACCAAUCUGUGUUGUUUGUGAUGCCAAAGGGCCCGAUGUCUCAGUUGGUGAUUGUGUCGAGGUUUUGGCCGGGAAAUCCGCCACAAAUGAACUUAAUGAAGCUCUUCCACCUUCCUGGUGGCCUGCCCGUAUUACAAAACGACGUGGUGACUUCGCUAUCGUUGAAUUUUGUGCGUGCGGGGAAGCUUCUGAAGUAUCUAGGGCUUUUCCCAAACCACACCUCGAAAAUGUGGUUGAGAUCAACCAGAUUAGACACAGAAAUUCAGAACAACUACUUUCUGAGUCGGAUUUUUUAUACCAUAUUUUUAAUGUCCCACAGGAGUUAGUUGGACUUUUCAAAGAGGCAUCAAAUAUUGAACAUAUCGUUCGUGCCUGUGGGCAAUCGAUGCUGUUUUGCCAAGUUAGGGAAGACAUGAAACUUCCCCUUCAGUUUUCAAAUACUAACAUCUCCGAAGGAUCGGUGACCAAAUUUCUUGUUGUUUGCACAUCACCAGAGACGAAGCUCAAGGCGGAAACAAUAGACAAUGAUGUAAUUAGAAUGCUCAGGCAGAAGCACUGCAUACUUCACCAAAUUAGUGAGCUUUCGCGUCGUCUUAAGGAAGUAAAUUCUGUUAAGAGCGAUGAAUUUAUUUGUGCAGAAUUUUCUGUUGAAAAAGAUCUUGUUGGUCAUUCUAUUGGUGCGGGCGGAGCUAACAUUCGCCGUGCCCGAUCGGUCGAUGGGAUUGUUAGUGUUAUCCUCAAUCCUGAUACCUGCACAUUUAAGGUCACCGGGAAGACCAAAGAGGCAGUCGAGAACGCUAAAAAGUUAUUGGAGUACGCCACUGAGGCCAUGCAAGUUCCACAGCAGUACGUGGCCCGUAUUGUCGGACAAAAGAAUCAUCAAAUUCAAGCUUUGGUGGACCGAGUCGGGUUAGCCAGAAUUCGUGUCCAAGCCGCUAACGAGGUGACUGUACCAAAUUGUGUGCCUUUCGCCUUCACUGGUACCCGGUCGGCGAUAAGUGACGCCAAAAUAUUGAUAAAUUUCAUUACCGAUAAUCUAAAGGAAAUUGACCAGCUUCAGGCGAAAAUUACUCCACAUGAAUGCAGUCGUUUUUACAAUGGCGAGGGAAACCGCUACAAGAAGCGCGAUCCUUCAAGUAAAUCGGAUAGCGCCAAAGGUGAACGAACUUUCCGCUUCCAUCAGAUGGACAGUGGCCAAGCGACUGAUAAUGGAAUGACCACCGCGACUACUUUCAAUGGUGAUGCUGGCGGUUGCUUUAGGAGUGGAAGAGUGACGGACACGGGCACUGAACACUCGGAUUCAACUUCAUAUCGCAACUUCCGUCGAUCGACUCACCGUCGUCGCAGGAACCAACUUCCGCUAUCUCGGGGUGGUGGGGGCAGUGAUGAACCCUCCUCACAGCCUCGACAGGAAUCACUACCUCCACCUGCACCCAGACCAGAAGAGUCAAUUCUACAGUCCGAAACCAUCCCUCGUCUGGGCUCCAGACAUGGUGGCGGUGGCCGACGUGGUAAGGGAGGAAACCGGAAUCAAACUCCACAGGCAGAUAUUGGGGGCGUCUCGAUGCAAUUUACUUUUCCGUCUGAAUCUAGUCUGCCUUUGCAAGAAAGCGAGGAUAUUCGUUGCGUGGAAUCCUCUCACAGCGGUGGGUUGAUGCUGAGAAAUGCUGUGCUAUCUAUCUAUGAGGUCAUAUUCAUUCGUGUGGCGGGUCCGAUUUGUCUAGCGCGGAUUACGCGAAGUACCUGUACCUGUCACGUUUGGCGUUAG